AUGGGGAUAUUUGCCACCCACUUGGAUCAGGCGAGGUUGAAGCAAAUACUGAAGGGUGCUUGUCCUGGCAACCUGAUAACCCUGAAGCUGCAGCUUUCUGAUCUGGCCUUUCUCACAUUGGUGAAGAUUGAGUUCUCACAGUCCAUCAUUGGAGUUCAUGAGAAGCUGGAUACUUUAGUUCUAGUGUGCCCGGACCUUGGUGUCAAAAAAGCAUCUUCUGGUUUUAAUCAGGGGAACAAGCAGUGGACAUCUACAGUAACAAAGCUCUAUUCCCAUGUUCAUAGAGCCACAAUUGAACAUUCCUCUCAAGAAGAAUGUUACACAGCAAAUGGGGUGGACUAUCGGGGCACUCAGAACCAAACUGCCCUGCAUGGGGGGAGACCUUGUGUGUUCUGGAAUGAGACUUUCCAGCAUCCUUACAAUACCUGGAAGUAUCCCCAUGGAGAAGGAGGGCUUGGAGAGCACAACUAUUGCAGGAACCCUGAUGGAGAUGUUAGCCCCUGGUGCUAUAUUGCAGACUGUGAGGAUGAAGUGUAUUGGAAAUACUGUGAGAUUCCAUCUUGCCGAAUGCCUGGGUAUCUUGGCUGUUACAAGGACUAUGGAGAUCCCCCUCUGACUGGCCUCAGCAAGACCUCCAACAAACUUACUAUUCAAACCUGCAUCCGCUUCUGCCGUAAUCAGCAGUUCAAGUUUGCAGGCAUGGAGUCAGGCUAUGCCUGUUUCUGUGGGAAUAACCCUGACUAUUGGCAAUUCGGGGAGGCCGCCAGCACAGAAUGUAACAAUGUUUGCUUUGGGGACCAUACCCAACCCUGUGGUGGAGAUGGCAGGGUCAUCCUCUUUGACAGUAAGUACUGAAAUGGGCUGAGCAUCUCUGAAAGGAGAGACUUGAAAUGCUUGGCAAUGGAGGGCAAAGAGUCAUCAAAGAAUAUGGGCAGCACUGAACACAAAACAAUGGAAGACAUGCAGUAGGGCCCAAUUCUAGGGCAUCUGAGACCCUGGCCAGCUCAGAAAAAUGAGAACCUACAUUCAGAGUUAAAUGAAUUCCUCUUCAUCCCAGUUCUCUGAAUGGGCUUGCUUAGGUCUUCCAAUAAAAAUGACUUGCUCAGACAACUGCUUCAUGCUCCAGGCACUGGAAUGCCCUUUUCCACAAAUGGCUCUUAAGUGGCCACCACUCACUACCAAGGGUCCAGCUCUGAACGCAGCAUGGUAGGAAUAAAGAUAGCAGUACCAUAGCUCCCUACAAUAACCUUGUGACCUACCACAAUUCCUGUUUGGGGCAGGGCAAGUUUGACAAACAGAGAGGAACUGGUUGAAAAUUUGAAGGUGGAAGUCAACUUGGAUGAAAGUCAUGGGUGGCAGGUUUAUGAGACAGAGGAAGGCAUUGCCUUCCCAAACUGCUAAGCAUGAGCACACGCACACUCCACCCCCUGCUACAGUGUGCUUCCUGGGCUCUCCCCGAGCUUCAGCUGCACUGACGCUGGGGACGGUGGAUAUUGUGCCCUACCUGGGCUCCAGGGCAGGGAUACUUUCCCUGUACUCUAGGAUCAUGAUAGCUGGGGCUCCAUGCUGCCUGUCCUCUUGGUGCUCCAUGGAUGAGGCUCACAUGGGAGUCUGGAGACCCUGCAGUGGCAGGGGA